AUGUUCCACCAUUUAAAGCUUCUUCGACAAGCAGGUCUUGGUGCUUUUGGUUUGAAAUUGGAUGUUAAUAAAGCUUAUGACUCUGUGGAAUGGGACUUUCUUCAUGCUGUUUUGCUUAAACUUGGUUUUCACUCUCACUGGGUGAUGUUGAUAAUGAAUUGUGUGAAAACAGUCUCCUUCUCUGUUCUGGUCAAUGGAAAGCCUUCUAUUUUCUUCAAUCCUACAAGAGGCCUUCGGCAAGGAGAUCCCCUCUCCCCUUAUUUGUUCUUAUUUGUCAGUGAUGUGCUUUCUUCUCUAGUUCGUAAGGCUUGCUCUGUAGGCUGGUUAUCUCCGGUAUCUAUUUCUCAGAAUGGUCCACCAAUUAGUCAUCUGUUGUUUGCUGAUGACUCCUUGUUUUUCUUGGAAGCCUCAGUUUCUAAUGCCUAUAACCUUCUUUACUUACUCAAAGCUUAUGGUGUGGCUUCUGGUCAACAAAUAAAUUACUCCAAGUCAUCUCUUUAUUUCAGUCCCAAUACUCCUAUAAUUGUGAUAAGAGUUAUAGCAGCUUUAUUUGGGAUUGUAGCUGUUUCGAAUCCAGGGAGGUAUCUGGGUCUUCCAACGAUUUGGGGACGAUCUAAAUGUGCUGCCUUAGCUUAUAUUCGGGAUACAGUGUCCCGUAAACUUCAGGGUUGGAAGCAACAAAUUUUGACUCAAGCAGGAAAGGAGGUUUUAAUCAAGUCUAUUGCAACGGCUAUUCCAGCUUACCCAAUGAACUGUUUUCGGUUUCCAAAGUCUCUCUGUACUCAAAUUGCCUCUCAAAUAGCAAGGUUCUGGUGGGGAAAUAAAGGAGCUCAUGGUAUUCAUUGGAAAAGUUGGCUUUCUUUAGGUUUCUCAAAGGCUCAAGGAGGAAUGGGUUUUCGGGAUUUGACAGAGUUUAACCAAGCUUUGUUAGCUAAACAGGGAUGGAGGAUUCUUACCAAUCCGUCUUCUGUUUGGGUAAUGAUGCUUAAACACCGUUAUUUCCCUUCUGUUUCUUUCAUGGAGGCUCGUCUUGGUUCUUCACCUUCUUGGUUAUGGGCUAGUUUAUUACAUGGUCGAGAACUUCUUAAAUCAGAUACUCUUUGGAGAGUGGGAAAUGGUUUGCAUAUUUCAGUUUGGGAUUCAAAUUGGAUUCCUCAUAUGCAAGAGCAUCGUUUAACUCCUCCACCUCGAGCUGAUUCUACUAUUUCUGUCUCUUCUUUGAUUGACUGGUCUUCUCUCUCUUGGGAUUUGACAUCUAUUGCUGGGCAUAUCUCUGUGGAUCAGAGUCGGGCAAUCUUAGCUAUUCCUUUGGUUAAUUCUUCUGUUCCAGAUAAACUGAUUUGGUCUUUGAACAAGUCUGGCAACUAUACAGUCCGGUCUGGCUACUAUGCUGCUCACCUCAAAUCUUCCCAGAUGGUGCUCUCUCCAAACUCAAAGUUGGUGGCUAAUUCGGCUUAUGAAGCUUCUUCGGAGUUUCUUCGAGUUGUGAUAAAGACCAAGUGCCCCCAAGCUUCUAGUUUGCCCUCCAGGCCUCCUCCAAAGCCAAAAUGGUUACCACCGCCUCCAAACUAUAUUAAGAUAAAUUCUGAUGCAUCCUGGUCUUCUACUGAGGUUGGUUUGGCGGCUAUUGCUCGAAACUGUGAUGGAGUUGUGGUUGGUGGAAGUCAUCUUUCUACUUCAGCUCCAUCGCCUCUGUAUGCAGAAGCAUUGGCCCUCUGCUUGAGUGUUCAUCUUGCUCAAAAGCUUCAAGCAGAUAAAUUCCUCUUCGAAUCGGAUUCACUUCAACUUGUCAAUCUCCUUCAACAUUCUUCUCCAUCUUCAGAUUGGGUUGUUAUGCCCCUGAUUGAUCAUAUAAGAGAUUUGACAGUUGCUAUUCGUUCCUACAGCUGGACUUGGUCCAGCAGAUUGGCAAAUCAGGCUGCAGACCAUGUUGCCUGGUUGGCUCGCAAGAAGUGCCCGGCUGAUUGGUUGCUUCAGCCUCCUUCAUCUUUGUCUCAUAUCCUUCUUUUUGAUGCAGUUCAUGCUCCUACUUAG